CCCCACCCCCACCCCCUCGGCCCUGGGCUUAUAACCCGGGAUGCGUGCUUCUCCCGGCCUUGCUCGGUCUGCUGCCACCGCCACCUGCACCCUGAGUGAUUCACCCAUCUGUGAAGACAGACUCCAGACACCGAGAGCCCACCGGCACCUGCAGUCCCAGAGAUGUCCAGCAAGGGCUCUGUGGUUUUGGCCUACAGUGGUGGCCUGGACACUUCCUGCAUCCUCGUGUGGCUAAAGGAGCAAGGCUAUGAUGUCAUCGCCUACCUGGCCAACAUCGGCCAGAAGGAAGACUUUGAGGAAGCCAGGAAGAAGGCGUUGAAACUCGGGGCCAAAAAGGUGUUCAUCGAGGAUGUGAGCAAGGAGUUUGUGGAGGAGUUCAUCUGGCCUGCUGUCCAGUCCAGUGCUCUCUAUGAGGACCGCUACCUCCUGGGCACCUCUCUUGCCAGGCCCUGCAUCGCCCGCAAGCAGGUGGAAAUUGCGAAGCGUGAAGGGGCCAAGUACGUGUCUCAUGGCGCUACAGGAAAGGGGAAUGAUCAGAUCCGCUUUGAACUUACCUGCUACUCGCUGGCCCCCCAAAUUAAGGUCAUCGCUCCCUGGAGGAUGCCCGAGUUUUACAACCGGUUCAAGGGCCGUAAUGACCUGAUGGAGUACGCCAAGCAACACGGAAUCCCCAUCCCGGUCACGCCCAAGAGUCCCUGGAGCAUGGACGAAAACCUAAUGCACAUCAGCUACGAGGCUGGAAUCCUGGAGAACCCCAAGAACCAGGCACCUCCAGGACUUUAUACAAAAACCCAGGACCCGGCCAAAGCCCCCAACAGCCCUGACAUCCUUGAGAUAGAAUUCAAAAAAGGGGUCCCUGUGAAAGUGACCAACAUCAAGGAUGACACCACCCACCGCACGUCCUUGGAGCUCUUCACGUACCUGAACGAAGUCGCGGGCAAGCACGGUGUGGGCCGUAUCGACAUCGUGGAGAACCGCUUUAUCGGCAUGAAGUCCCGGGGUAUCUACGAGACCCCAGCAGGGACUAUCCUUUACCACGCUCAUUUAGACAUCGAGGCCUUCACCAUGGAUCGGGAAGUGCGGAAAAUCAAGCAAGGCCUAGGCCUCAAGUUUGCCGAGCUGGUGUAUACAGGUUUCUGGCAUAGCCCCGAGUGUGAAUAUGUCCGCCACUGUAUCGCCAAGUCCCAGGAGCGGGUGGAAGGCAAGGUGCAGGUGUCUGUCUUCAGGGGCCAGGUGUACAUCCUUGGCCGGGAGUCCCCCCUGUCUCUGUACAAUGAGGAGCUGGUGAGCAUGAACGUGCAGGGGGAUUAUGAGCCCAUUGAUGCCACCGGCUUCAUCAACAUCAACUCGCUCAGGCUAAAGGAAUAUCAUCGCCUUCAGAGCAAGGUCACUGGCAAAUAGGCUGCUAACAAAGGCGGCCUCCUCACUCUGCAGAUCUCCCAGGCCCUGGCGCUAAUUGUUGUGAUAAAUUUGUGAUUGUGACUUGUUCUUCCCGCCGCCUGGCAGCAUUGUGGGGCUGCUGGGCCCCUUGGCUUUGUUCCCUGGUCCCCCAUAACCUGCAGAAGUGGUCAUCCAAGGGAAGGGAAGAAGGGUGGGGGCAGCUGCAGAGAAAAACUGUAAAAUGACAAUUAAAAGAAGAUACAUUA